GGGGGGGGGGUCCGAGGGGGAGUCCUGCCUCCGCCGCGACAGAUCACCGAUAGAGGAGACGACAAGGCCCCAUGUCUCUUAUCUGCUUUUGUCGCACAACUAAACGAUCAAUUUAGCGCCAUUGUCCCCAAAGUUGCCGCACGCGGAGAUCGCACAAAAAAGAGGUCUGGCCGGGGCCCUCGGUUUAUGUGCCCCCCCCCCAUCCCCCCAUCCCAACAGACACGACGCGACCCCGCCAGUCAACGUGGUGAGACAGAUCUGAUGACAACUAUAUAUAAAUCUCUCUCUCUCUCAUCUGUAGUUAACACCUCUCAAUGUGUGCAGCCUCUGGUUUGUGAGCCAAUUGAAUGAUUAUGGCGUCCGUCUGCUGUCCCCCCCCUCAGACUUCCUCGCAGCUUGUUUUGGCGCAUUACCAUGUGAACGGCCCGACAAUCAGCCGUAAUUGUGUCGCUACUGUAAUGCCUUUGAUCCGCAAUGUUUGAAGCGCCUGUGCCAAACGCUGGCUCGCGGGUCGCCGGCGCCAGCGCUCACCGGGGAAUCCGAGGCAUGUCGAUACGAAAUCCAUCCAGGGGGGGGGGGGGGUCGGACCCCCACCCAUUUGAUAGUGCAGAGGUAGACUACAAGGGAAUAGCUGAGAUGCAUCAUUUGGCACAGAUCGAGUCCCCCCUUAUCACUAUUACAGGAUUAAGUGCUCACAUUUGGAGCAUCGCCUUAAUCUCCCCUAUAUGAGUCUGUGGAAUAAAUUUGAACUCAAGUUAAAUAAACCACGCUGACAAAAUACUGCAUCAAACCAUACAUAGUCCAUAUUGCAUCUAUAAAUAUUGGCAACACGAUCUGCGACUCAAGGUAUCACCAAUCAGAACAACCUUUAUUGAUCACGUGUGCUUGUUGUGGUUAUAUUUUGAGUUGCGCGUUACAUUUUAGACAACUUAUAACAACCUAUAACUCCUAAUUACGGUUGUGAAAUAGUCCGGAAAAAUGAUCAAUUAUACUUUAGCUCAAACGCAAAAGUACCUCAACGUUGGGCUGGAGUUGCAAUAAGGCUUUGGAGCGUAAGAGAGACACUGGAUCAGUCAUGGAAAAGUUAAGUUUGAUUGUCUAAAGUGAGAAGAAGACUGGUUAUUCUGACACCUCUGCCCCGGUGUUACUGUAUGCAGCAGCAUGAAAGCGCGUCUCCACCUCUGCAGCAGACACAGCUGUUUCUGCAGUGCCCCCCCCCCCCCCCCCCCUGGUUUCAGUCGGGGCGGGAAAAUGUAUGAACCUAGGAGGGUUCUCACAGACUCGGCGGCGCCCGGUCUUUACACACUCACAGGAUAUGUAAAGACUUCAAUAACGAGCCAUUUACCCCUAAUCAUUGGGAUCGAUCGGGCGUUAACAAGGGCCUCUACAUAUGCAAAUAGAAAGCCAAGGAGCCGGGGCUCUAUAAAAGCUGGCCCCGGAGGAGUGGGAGCCGCAACCCCACACACAGACACACACGCCCUCUGACAUUUGGUGACUGCACAGGUCUCUCAGCAGCACUGACAACAAUGGUGAAAUACUUCUCCGCCGACUGGUUGGCGCAGAGCCACAGCGCACCGACCGAGGGACGCGGUGCCGGCGCGGACACCGCGCCGACCUGCAGGCCACACGUGCCCUGCGUGGUGCAGCCGCGCCCGCCAACUUUUGGCAAGGGUUACCUGCAGCCAAAGACCAAGGCACCAAAGCCCGAUGAGCACGCGGAGCGCGUGGAGAGCAAAGGGCACGACUCCAGCCGGUGCUCCCCUUCCCAUCCAACGAGCUGCGCCUCUCCGAUUUCAGAAAUCAGCGGUUAUUCCUCCGGGUACGAGAGCGAGGCGGCCUCUUCCGAGUGCCUCUCCGUGGACGAGGGAAGCGACGCGGAGAAAGACGCGCCGCUGCGCCGCGUGCGCACAAAGUUUAGCACCGAGCAGAUCAGCAAACUGGAAAAAAUCUUCCACAAGCACAAAUACCUGGAUGCCGGAGAGAGAGUGAAGACGGCCCAGAAGCUGAAACUCACAGAAACUCAGGUGAGGACCUGGUUCCAGAACAGGAGGAUGAAGCUGAAACGGGAAUUUCAGGACUACCUCGCUCCCCAAAUGCCACCGCUGUUGUUCCAGCAUCUACCGCCGGUUCACCACUACAGCAACGCCGCCGGACAGCGGCCCCAAUACCCCGCGGCCGGCCAGGCCUUUUACCCGUCCCCCAUCCCGCAGCUGGUCCUCCAGCGGCAGAUGCACGCACACCACCAACCCCACCCUCAUCUCCUCAUGCGGAACCCGCAUUUCUACUGAAACACUGCCGAACAGAGACUUUUCUGACCGAAACACUUAGAAUCUAACCAAGUGCAAUCCAGAUUUUUUUUCAUUUGAUAUGUGAUUCGUUUUUAUUUUUAUUGGAUGCAAAUAUAUAUAUAAGAUGUAUAUAUUACAAAAAAAAGUAUAUUUAUAAUUGAAUAAAGUUUAACUUCUAUACCUG